AAAAGAAAAGAAAAGAAUAGAAGGAGGAAUAAAAAAAAAUGGCGCAAUUAACAGGGAGCACGUGGGUGAAGUGGUCGGAGAAGAGAGAAUGGGCGCGAAGAGAAGCGAUCGGGAAGACGAUACCGAGUUUUGGGAGCUUGUGUACACACGCAUGGAUGGAAGGUGCGUGGCCGUGUGCACACGAGAGCAACAGACAGGUAGUGAGUAAGGGACGAAGGGGAGGUAGACAAGGCGGCGGAGGGGCGGGAGAGAAUAUCGGGCGCACGCAUGCGCAACGCGUUCCGCGAUCUGUGAAGCAGCGCGGCCGGCGGAGAGGCUGGCCUCAGUCGGCCGCGACAUUCGGUCCGCGAUACGAUUCGCCGUUAUCUCGGUCUGGUCGAAACCGAACUCGUCGAGUCGAACGAAGCGGUGCGCGCCGGCAUUCGGCGACGAGCGAGUGAGCAACGGUGAGCGAAAUUUCGGGGGAUCGAACUCGUCCAUCGACGGAGGGAGAUGACGAGAGGCGAUUCGAGGUGUUGACAACCGUCACCGUCUUUUUCUUCUUGUCCACGGUCGUCAAGGGUUCGCGAGAACGGUGGCGCGACAACGAACUAGAAAUGUGCGAAACGUGAACGGAAUCGUUACGCGCUAAGCUCGUCGUUUCCCGUUGCGGGGAUAUUUUGUGCUGGGGAAUCGAGCGAACUGGAACGUGGCCAACGAAAGCAAACGUUGCGGGACAUUUGGAUGGACAGAUAGUUAGACAGAUUCCCGGGUUUUGUUCGCUGACAUCGAACCAUCGCGUAUCAAAUCACCACGUGGCGAAGGAAUCCGACCCGUCUCCUCUCUCUCUCUCUCUCUCUCUCUCUCACGCCCCCUUCAGAUCCCUUCUCCCUUAUUCCCGAGGUGGGCCGACGUGGAAACUUUGCCCACCGAUCUGGAUGUCUCGAUCGUGGUGCCCACCGACGAUAGAUCUCGUUCGAUCGAAACGAGGAAACGAGGUUGCGCGUCGCGAUCGCGCGAUGCAUCGCUGAGGAACUUUGAGAGUCUCGAUCUCGAUCGAGGGGAUCGCGCGUCUCUGGGACGGUAAGAUGUAAGGGUGAGUCGAAGGGGGACAAUCGAAGACGAAGACGAAGAAAUGACGCGGUACGACAGGAGGCUGUUGCUAAUCUCGAUCCUCGUGAUAGCGUACGUGGUGUUGGCGUCCGAGGCCAAGCAUCGUCCCCACGAGGACACCGCGUACGACGCCAGGCACAGGCACAGGCACAGGCACGAACAAACCUCCUCCUCCUCCUCCUCCUCGAGCGGGAGGAGGAAUCGUCAUGACCUCGUGGACAGGCGAUCGUCGUCCUGGUCGCAGGAGCUCGACUACUACGAGGACGACUCGUUGCUCGAUCGGGAGGACCGUCGGGCGGGCGAGGGGGGGGAGGAGAGGAGGAAGAGGAGGAGGAAGGAGGAGGAGGACGAGGACGAGGAGGAGGAGGAGGAGGAGGAUGAUUACGAGGCUCGCUCCUAUCACGAGAGAUCCUAUCCUCGGAUCUCGAGGAUCCACGGCCGGAUAUCGGAGCCGCAGCGUUACCCGUCCAGGUAUCGCCGAGGCGGUUAUCGCGAGGCGGGCGGCUGGUACCACGAGGAGAACGAGAGGCACAGAGGUCCGGCCCCCCGAUACGGGGAUCGAGGCUACCCCAGGCCGAGAUUCGAAGACAGAGCUCGACGAAAGUCGUUCGGCUACCCGAGGACUCGCGGCGAGUCGGACUAUUACGAGGACGAGCUCGAUUACGAGUCGAGCAGGCCGAGCCACGACUACAACGAGGAUAUCCUCGAGAAGCAUCGAUCCUGGUGGAAGAACGUGGUGGGCAGGAAGCAUAGGAAGCUCGGCGUCUCGAGCCACGGCUGGCGGCCCCACGACGGCGGAAGAAAGAGAUAUCGUCAUCCCGAGGACGGUGUGUCGAGGAGGCACGACGACUCGGUUCGAAGGAGAUUCAAUUCCACUGCCCGCUACUCGAAAACCGAUGGAAAGAGAACCGGUUAUUUCGGAGACUACGAGUAUCGCAGCGUAGACGAGGUCGACGACGUCGACGACGAUCAGGAAGAGCAGCAGGAGCAGGAGGAGGAGGAGGAGGAGGAGGAGGAGGAGGAGGAAGAGGAGGAGGAGGACGAGGAGGACGACGGUUGGAAGGAGGACGAGGGAUACGUGGACGGGAGCGAUAACAAGGAGGAUCGAAAGGCGAACGAAGGGGAGGAGGAGGAGGAGGAGGAGCUCGACAACGAUUUUUACAGGAGCGAGAAGAAGAAGAAGAGGAAGAAAUCACCGUUGAAAACUUACGACGAGAUCAUCCGAAAGUUGACGUCCGACGAUCCAACCACUCCGAGGUCCGCGAUCAAGAGGGAUUACAGGAACAUCCAGAUGGACAAAUACGCGAGACGCGACGGAUCGUUGGCCAAUUUCCGAUACGAGCCCAAGAACCUGACCAGACCGUUGCUUUCCCGAGUAUACGGGAAAAACUCGUCCGGUUAUUACCACCAAUCCGCACACGCGACGAACGAAAAUUUAGCCGGCUAUCUGUCGACCGGUUCGCUGGUGGAGCGUAAACCGACGAAGAGCAGCGGCACGGCGGAGAACAAUGCCAGGUCGUCGAAGAUGGACGAUACUCAACCGAAGACCAAGAGUCUGGAGCAGGACUACGACGAGUACCUGAACACGUCGGACAACGAGAAGGAAGAGGAAGACGCGAUCAAGGGAGUCGAGGACACGGGCACGCAAGCGGACGUCGCUAAUACGGACUACGCCGAGGACGAGGACGAGAACGAAGACGAGAGCUCAGCCUCGACCACCCUGUCGAAAAUGAUGAGCAGCAGCACGACGACCACCACAACGACCACCACCACCACGACCACCACGGCCAGACCCGUGGUUACGCAGAAUUACGAUUAUCGGGAUCCGAGAGCGUACGAGGGUGGUGGGACAGGAGCGCAGUACAACGGGUACCAAUCGAGAAACGACUAUCCCCCGAUGUCGGCGCACAGCGUUCACAAGUGGCAGACUCUGGGCACUCGAGAAAGCGUCAAAGAAACCAGGAGCAACAUGCAGCAAUAUAAUAAGAACGGGAAGACGGCGGAAAUCCGAGAGGCUCUUCAACACGCGAUCAAGGUGUCGCGGGAGGGGAGCUGCCAGUGGCCACGGCCAAGGGUGAUUCCAGUUCGCGACGUGUACCCGAGCCCGUCGACCACCUACGUGCCGCACUGCGCCAUCUUGCACAGGUGCUCGGAUGACACCGGGUGCUGCAGAUCGGAAGCCCUCACCUGCGUGCCCAAGCACUCGCAUCGAGUCGAGCUUUCCUUCUACACCACGAACGUGGGUGGCGGUAGCGUGGUGGAGAAACUGUCUUUCUACAAUCACACGGAAUGCGAGUGCCGAGAGAGAACCGAGUACGACGCGAGCAACGAGAAAUCGCUGGAGCACAGAGUCUACAGACACCAUCCGUCCUCCUCGCAACCUCAAAACAUGAGAAGGGCACAGCCGAGAAAACCGUGCCGGUGUCCCUCGGAAUUCACACCGAGGAUCACCGUGGAUGGCGUGUGCCAAUGCAACUGCUACGAGAACCGUCAAAACUGCAUCAAGAUCAGACGAGGGAAAGGUUACUUCUCUCUCGCCGAUAGACUGUGCAUACAAAACGAAGAGUGCGCGAUGCCUAGCUGUGAAUUUGGCGAAUACAUGAGGCGACAAGGCAAGUGUCCCCGGAAAAAGGACAAAUUCGACACGAUCGUUAAUCACUACACGAACCAUCACCGGUACAGGAGCUAGAGGGAGGUGGGAGGAACGAGAAUAAUCGUGCCAGUGGGAAGAAGAAACUAUGGAGGAAGAGGAAGAACGUGAAAAGUGCGAGAGCGCGACGAAUAAUCAACGGUGCCAUUUUCCUUUCCGAGUGCCUUUUGCGGAAGACUCGAUAUAUACAUAUGUAUAUGUAAUAAUACUCUUCGAAUCAGUUUACAUGUAUUUCCAUCCCGGACCUUACCGCUAUUAUAUUUUUCUACUACUAUCGUUGUCGUAAAUCGAAAAGAGGUAUUUUGAUCAAAACGGCUCGACGAAAGGUUCGCGAAGGUUCGUCGAGUGAUUCGAGGUUAUCGCAUCCCUUCGUGUUAAUUCUGUCUUCCUUUGAUACUUCGAUCGGUGAAAUUUCGUCGUUUCGAUUCCGACUCGACGGAUUCAAACGUGUCGAAUCUUUCGAUCUUGUAAAUCGUGAAUAAUCGUGAUUAGCUCGGCUACCGCUGAAAACUUGUUACAGAUCUGAGAGAGAGAUGGAAUUACUCUUGAUAUAAUAAUAGACUCUAUUGUCAUAGGACGACGAGCCUAGUCCGAGAUCCUGUCUCCAUUCUACGCCAGACGAUUCCCCUCGAGAGUUCGAUGAACUUAUACAGUCAAUCGCCCGUGCGAAGGACACCGACGGUCGUAUACCAAAGCGAGGAAAUAUAGUAAACGCGAGAAGUAAUUGCGCGCAAACUUAACGUAAAUCUCUCGAUAUUCUCCUACGAUUUUAUGUUCACGCGUAAAUGUGCAAGAGAUAUUUGUGUUCAUCGAAGAACAAAUCGAAAGAAGCGAAAAACGAACGAUACGAACACAUACAGGCGAGAGAUAUAAAUAACUUUUUUUUCCGAUGAACCCACCGUAGGAUCAUCGCCUAUCUGUACAGAUGAUGGAUCUUGCGAGUAUACGAGAUGGGAAUAUUUAAGUAUACGAGAAGAGAAAGAAGAGAAAAGAAAAGUAAGGAAGUAAAAGUACGAGUUGUCCGAUGCAUCCUUCGAAUCGUGAGUGUUUCGUAUCGUAUUCUCCUAAUCGUGUUUUCUACGCUUUAUUAUCGUAGUAUGUACUUAUGUACUUACGUAUCUAAUAGCCAACUUAAUCGUGAAACCGAUUUGACAGCUUGCCCAGCAUUUACGAGCCAAUCGAAACAUCGUGUACAAUUGUGUAUACAUCGUGUAUAGAUUUACGUUUUAAGAUUUUACCUGUAUUGAUUUUUCAUUUUCGAUUACUUUUAUGCACGUUCAUUUUCAUAUUAUACGAAAUAUAAAACAAAUACGAAUUCGUACGGAUGACGUUCAAUCGUGUCAUUUUCCGCGCAAUCAACAAUUUUUUUUUUUAAUUUUGAUCUAUGAUCCAAUGUACGUGAUAAAUCAAAGGCGUUCUUUCAUUUUUUUCUGCCUAAUUUUCUACUAUCAAUCGUGAAAAUGUACAGAACGCCGUUUAACAUUCAGCUUGCUGUUGUUAUUACUCGCUACCAAUUCUAGCCAAUAUACAUAUAUGUAUACAUAUAUAAAUAUAGACGUAGUCAAUAAAUCAAUAACGUUGUAUAAAAAGAUUCAUGAAUAUAUAUAAUUUCAAUAAAAUUAUAACUUUAAAUAAA